AGAUACGAGAAUUUAUUAAAAGCUGCUCAUUCAACUCCAGGCCACAAGGCGGCGACAUAAACCUCACUAGGUCUGUGUUCUACUCAGUAAAACCCAGUACGACAAAAUAAAAGGAAACCAGGAAAAAGGAGUCAGGUGGAUGAAACUGCAGCGCUCUCUGCUCUUCUAUGAGAGCUCAGCUGUUUUUGUCCCCUCACCAGACUUUAGCAACACAGAAUGGAGUUUGUGGAAUUGAUAAAGACCCCUCGGGUGGACGGUGUGGUCCUACACAGGCCCUUCCUACCCACUGUGGAGGGAACUCUGUGUUUAACAGGACACCACCUCAUCCUGUCCUCACGGCAGGAUAACACAGAGGAGCUCUGGCUGCUCCAUGCCAACAUCGACGCUAUUGAGAAGAGGUUUCUCGGCUCUCUCGGCUCAAUCAUCGUGAAAUGCAAGGACCUGAGGAUUAUUCAGUUGGACAUACCUGGCAUGGAGGAGUGCCUCAACAUUGCCAGCUCCAUUGAAGCGUUGUCCACCCUCGACUCGGUCUCCCUGAUGUAUCCCUUCUUCUACCGGCCCAUGUUUGAGGUCAUCGAUGACGGUUGGCGCUUGUUCUCACCAGAUGAGGCCUUCAAAGAUCUGGAGUCGAUGACAGAUGAAUGGAGACUUAGUGAAGUGAAUAAAGACUUCAUUGUUUGCCCCUCCUACCCUUCACUGGUGGCUGUCCCUAAGGAUAUAGAUGAUGACACACUGUGCAAAGCUGCUGCUUUUCGACAUGGCAGACGCUUCCCGGUGCUCAGCUACUACCACAAGAAGAACGGCAUGGUGAUGAUGCGAGCAGGACAGCCUCUGGUCGGCACAAACGGACGUCGCUGUAAGGAAGACGAGAAGUUGAUCAAUGCUACGCUACGUGCAGGGAAACGUGGCUACAUCAUCGACACCCGCACCCUUGCUGUAGCGCAGCAGGCUAAGACCCGCGGAGGCGGCUAUGAACAGGAGGCCAACUACCCACAGUGGAGGAGAAUCAACAAAGCUAUAGAGAGAUACAAUAUUCUACAAGAGAGCCUGAUAAAGCUGGUGGAGGCGUGUAACGACCACUCGAACAGCAUGGACCGCUGGCUUAGCAAACUGGAGGCCUCCAGCUGGCAGAGCCAUGUUAAAGAGAUCCUCACCACUGCCUGCCUGGCUGCUCAGUGCAUCGACAGAGAGGGUGCAUCGGUGCUAGUGCAUGGGACCGAGGGCACGGACUCCACACUUCAGGUCACGUCUUUAGCCCAGAUCAUAUUGGAUCCGGGCUGCAGGACAGUUCGUGGUUUCCAGGCCCUUGUGGAGCGUGAGUGGCUGCAGGCAGGUCACCCGUUCCAGCAUCGCUGUGCCCAGUCUGCGUACUCUAACGGGAAGCCGAGGAGUGAAGCGCCUGUGUUCUUGCUCUUUCUAGAUUGUGUGUGGCAGAUCCUGCGGCAGUUUCCUUGCUCCUUCGAAUUUAAUGAAAUCUUUCUGGUCACGCUGUUUGAACACGCUUAUGCCUCUCAGUUUGGCACUUUUCUGGGAAACAGCGCUGCAGAGAGGGUGAAGUUGGAGCUCUGUCAAAAGACUGUGUCCCUGUGGUCAUGGAUGAACAGGCCUCAGGAGCUGGAACGCUUCCGUAACCCGCUCUACGAGGCCAACAGCCUUGUGAUCUGGCCAUCUGUAGCUCCGCAGAGUCUGCUGCUGUGGGAGGGUGUGUUCCUACGCUGGAAUCGCUCAACUAAGUGUCUGGACGAGGCAUAUGAGGAGAUGGUCCAUAUUAUUGAAUACAAUAAGGAGCUACAGAAUAAAGUGAACAGCCUCAGGAGGCAGCUCGCUCAACUUGAAACCGAGGACGGCCCACUUCAGAAUCCAUAGACGUGCACCAUGAGCUUACAGAGCAAUCUGCACAGAGCUUUGGAGUUCCUAUUCAGCACUACUGAAAUUUAUUCUGACCCCUGCAUGCAUGUAUACACUUGCACAUGUUCACACACACACACACACACACACACACACACACACACACACACACACACACACAAAACGUCUAAAAAUAAUCCAUCUGUGUGAUCUUUUUUUUUUCCCUAGUAGUUCCUGUUGGCCUUCACUCCUUGUCAUUUCAGGUGCUUAUACACUCUCAGUAAAAGGCUAUGAUAAAUAUAUAUUGUGUAAAUAUACACACACUUAUGUUUGUGGCUGUUUAGCAACAUUCAUACACUAAUAGAAACAUAUCAAAGUUUCGAAGCGGCCAGUUCUUUGACAUGUUGUGGUUAAUAUCAGCAGCUGGACUAAAUCGUGCAAUUAUUUUUACUUAUUUUCAUAUAAAUGGAGGCCUAUAAUGGUCAUUGUUUGCUCAGAAGUUGCUCUGAAAUCUUGUUGUAGAACAAUAGUGAAUAAUUUAGCACUGUAAAGAAAUUUAUUUUAUAAGGGAAAAAAUGCUCGCUUAAGUUUGGGAAGCAGGAACUGUACAAUGAAACGUGACCUGUGGCUGUUGCACCUUUUGGUUCAAAGAGCCAUAGUGUCCUGGAGCAUACACAUUGUAUAACAGUAAUCGGUUAUCAAUUUAAAGUGCAAGUCCCUUUUGUCUGUACAGUAUUGUAUCUGCGCAGUAGACCUUGCACAUUAAACAGCUUUUUAAUUUGGUGGCAGUGAAUAAUUUGUCUGUUCCAUAAGAUUAGAGGUAAUGGUUUAAAACCAGGUUUAAAAUACUAAACUGUUUUAAGACAUUUCUGUCCUCACCACGUGUAUGAAGGACACAUCAUUUCUACAGUUUGGCCAUUUUGCUUCUGGACAGCAUAUGGACAGUUUUGUAUGUAUGACACAAAGAGUGUAGUCUGGAAGUUUUUCCAUGUCUGUGAAAUGUAACACGCUCUAUAUCUACUGUUUGGAUGCAGGCUUUUUGUGUUGUACUGUACAUGUUCACUGUUUACUCCAAACAUUUUCUGUAACAUGCAUUUUUUUUUUUUACCUUACUGUUAUAAAAGUCUUCAGUGCAAUGCUUUACUGAGAAAGUGAACAUGCUCUUUGUACCGUCAUAACUGUUGUUUUAUGUCGUAUUCUUUGGGCAUUAAAUGUUCUGUAGCCAGUUUAAUACAAAACACGAGUAAAACAAACCUUUAAUAAAGUUAUAACAUGA